CAAGAUGUGAUGCAGACACAAUUCAUGGUGCAAGAUGCAAUUCAUACAAGACAUAUUCAUUUGUCACAACAGAAAGAAUGAUUAUAAUGAUACCAGGAAAAGGAGGAAAUGAAUAUGAAGCGACUAAAAUUGG